UUUUUGAGAGGAAGAAAUGAGCUUUGCGUUAAGCUGCAACGCUUGUUUAUUUAAUCAAUGCGGUUAUAAAAGUGACAACAACUUAACGAAAACGCGUGAACCUAUAAAACAACUUUUUAACAGCUAUUAUUGAAACUGCGGGAAACAGAACAUAAGAUCAUCAUGUGGCAGGCUGGCAAUCGAUUUACCCGAGUUAUUCUAGUCGCGACAAUGUUAUUACUAAAUGUAUACAGUUGUUAUAUAAUGAGGGAACAAGAGAUAAAAAAAAGCUCUACGAACACUAACAUGAAUGGAAGAAGGCGAAUAAGUGCAAUACCAGUGUGCACACACAAGUAUUUCACCUUGUUAUUGUUUCACUUGUGCAAGGGUCAGGAUAAUCACAAUAGAAGAACUGCGAUAAAAGAUUUUACUAUUCACGAAAAAAAAGCAACCGAAUUUUUGAAACUCCGACGUGGUGUCGUCAAGCCAGAUCUAUCACACGGUUUAACUUAUCAUCAGUCAUCUUCUAGCAGCGAUAUUUAUUUUCUUGAUGAAUGUUGUGUCAACAAAGGUUGCGAUUUAAAAGAGAUAACAGAAUAUUGCACUUGAAAGCUCUUUACUUGCAUAUAAAAACUUACAAAAACACCAAUAGAUAAAAAAACAGGGAUAUUUAGUCAACUCAAUCAAGAAAGCAAGAAAAAACAGUGAAUCGUUUGUUGGAAUGACAUUCGUGUGUUUUUUUAGUGACGAACUUUCGUUAUAAAAAUUGUCAUUACAUGCGAUUAUUAUUGUAUUUUAAAACUUUCUACAUAUUAUAGAUAUUUCUAAUUAUAUGUACUAAAAUUA